AUGAAGUUUAAUUAUAAGUUUCAAAAUUUAUUAGGGACAGUGUAUAGGAAAGGUGAUAUACUAUUUACACACGAUGGAAACUGCGUCAUUAGCCCAGUGGGAAACAGGAUCACUAUCUACAAUUUGAAACAAAACAAAAGCAACACAUUGUCCGUUGAGAGCCAUUUUAACUAUACAGCUUUAGAUGUAUCACCUAAUGGAUCUGUCCUCUUAGCUAUCAAUGAAAAGGGUGAAGCGCAAAUGAUAAGCCUCCUCACGUGCACAGUUAUACACAGGUAUAAAUUCAAACAGCAAGUAAAUGCGGUCAAGUUCAGUCCAGAUGGUAAAUACUUUGCGGCAUGUUGUGAUAAUACAGUGUUCAUCAUGACGGCGCCGUGUACCUUCACCGGUGAAUUCAGAUCGUUUGUGAUGAAGCGCGUGUUCAAGAAGGCUUAUGACGAUGUCACCUGCAUCGACUGGUCGACCUGUUCCAAGCUCUUAGCAGUCGGUUCUAAGGACACGACAACCAAAAUAUACACAGUGGACUACCUGGACAAUAUCAAUAUGUACUCCUUAAGUGGGCACACGGACAAAGUGGUGGGGGUCUUCUUCGAGAUGAAGAGUCUGGACCUAAUCACCGUUAGCAGGAAUGGGCAGGUGUGCCUGUGGGAAGCCAGCCUUGACCCCGACGACUUAGUGGUGUCAGCAGUACAGGUGUCGCAUCGGAAGAGAAGGAGACUGCAAAAGGAUGAGGAAAGUGAAGACGACAUUGAUGAGAGAGACGUGAUAGAGAAGGAUAAAGAAGAUGAGAGUGAUGGAGAGGAGAAGCAGUUAUCAGAAAAGAAGGUGAAAGAAAAAGAGAAGAGAUUGAUGUAUAAAAAGCUUGGCAGGCAUUAUAUCGGCGAUGCUAUAAGGAAUGCAGACUUCAAAGUGAAACUGUCAGCAGCACAAUAUCACAAAGCAACGAAGAUGCUUAUUACAGGUUUCUCCAACGGGAUGUUCUUCCUGCACGAGAUGCCGGAUCUGAACCUGGUGCACACGCUCAGCAUAUCCGAGCACAGGAUCGGCAGCGUGGCGGUCUCGCCCCAGGGCGACUGGAUCGCCCUCGGCUGCCCCCAGAUCGGCCAGCUGCUGGUGUGGGAGUGGCAGAGCGAGCAGUACGUGAUGAAGCAGCAGGGCCACUCGCUGGACAUGACCUGCGUGGCGUACUCGCCGGACGGCCAGUACGCGGUGACGGGCGGCUACGACGGCAAGGUGAAGCUCUGGGACGCGAGCAGCGGCUUCUGCGUGGUGACCUUCGGCGAGCACAAGUCCACCGUCACCGGGCUGGUGUUCAGCGCCAACAAGCGCUUCCUCGUCUCCUCCUCGCUGGACGGCACGGUCAGGUGCUACGACCUCACGAGGUACCGCAACUUCCGUACCCUGACCUCGCCGAGCCUGGUGCAGUUCAGCUGCGUGGCGCUGGACAGCAGCGGCGAGCUGUGCGCCGCCGGCGGCCAGGACGUCUUCGAGAUCUUCCUCUGGUCCGUCAAGUUCGGCAAACUCCUGGACGUGCUAAGCGGACACGAGGCGCCUGUGGCGAGCGUGGUCUUCAGCCCCUCGGCUGGCAGCUCCAAGCUGGCUUCGGCCGGCUGGGACAAGACCCUGAGGCUGUGGGACUGCGUCGAGUCCGAGGGUGUCAGCGAGCCGGUGCGGCUGACGGCUGAAGCGCUCCAGCUCGCCUUCCGACCCGACGGCGAGGAGAUUGCGGUGUCGACCCUGGACGGUAACAUAUCGUUCUUCAACUCGACCACCUGCGAUCAGAACGGCAGCAUCGAGGGUCGCAAUGACCUGGGCUCAGGGAGGUCCGACACAGACCUCAUAACGGCCGCGAAGAUGCUCAAGACCAAAGCCUUCACCACCAUCUGCUACUCGGCGGACGGCAGCUGCCUGCUGGCCGGUGGCAAUUCGAAGAACGUGUGCCUGUACAGCAUCAGGGAGGCGGUGCUGAUAAAGAAGUUCGUCAUAACGCAGAACAGGUCCCUGGAUGCGAUCAAUGACGUGGUAAACCGCCGCCUGCUGAGCGAGUUCGGCAACCUGGCGCUGGUCGAGGAGCGGACGGAGUACGAGGGCGGUGACGUCAGCGUGCGCCUUCCCGGCGUCAAGGCCGGCGACAUGGCCGACAGGAACGUCAAGCCCGAGAUGCGAGUCCACUGCGUCCGCUUCUCGCCGACCGGCGAGGGCUUCGCCGUUGCGGCAACAGAGGGCCUCAUGCUCUUCUCGCAGAGCGCUGGACUCGACGGCAGUUUCAGACCCUACCGUCUGGAGAUGGGGUCGACGCCGCUGGCAGUUAAGAAGCUUCUAGAAGAAGGCUCUUGGGGUCCAGCUCUGCUCGGCGCUUUGCAGCUGAACGAGCACCACUUGAUCCAGCAGUGCAUCGAGUCAGUCCCAACCACGGACAUCGAGCUAACCGCCCGCACCCUGGGGGCGGAGUACCUGGGCCGGCUGUGCAGCGGCCUGGCGCGCCAGCUCCAGGGCCCCCACCUGGAGCACUGCCUGCUGUGGGCGCGCGCUGUUCUGCAGCAGCUGCGCGCGCCCCAGCGGCCCCAACUCCUCGAGCUGGAGAGGGCGUUGACCCUCAGGUGCUCGCAGCUCGCCAAGAUCUGCGAAUUCAACAAAUACACGAUACGGUGUAUCAAGUCCGUGGCGGAGGUGGCGCCGAAGGUCGAGGACGUGGAGAUGGACGUCGGCGACGACUCCAGCGGGAGAGGCACCUUCUCGGACACCGAU